AUGAUGAAAUAAAUUCUUCCUAAAAUAAUAUCUAGCUCAUAUAAAGGAUAAAAUGGCAGAUUAGCAAUCAUAGGCGGAUGCUUAGAAUACACUGGCGCCCCAUUUUACUCUUCCAUUUCAUAAUUAAAAGGUGGUUGCGAUUUAGCUCAUAUUUUUUGUACAAAACAAGCUGCAAUACCAAUUAAAGCAUAUUCCCCAGAAAUAAUAGUUCACUCAUAUCUAUAUAGUUUGAACGAAGAAGAAAAUCCUGAAAAAUACACAGCUUAAGAAAUAUAAUCUAAAUUAUAAAAAUCAAUAAAAUUAGUAGAUGACUGGGAAGGUGCACUCCACAGUUUUGUUAUUGGUCCAGGUUUAGGCCGCGAUGAGUGGAUUGAAUCAUAUUUAGGUGAUAUAAUAGCAGGGUUUAAAAAAUAGCAAAUAGUUGUAUUAGAUGCUGAUGGUUUGUGGUAUUUAAUACAUGAAUACUCUAAAUAAAAUAUCAAUGGAAAGAUUUUUAAGAGUGUUAUCAUUAAUGAUCCUCAGUAUCAUAUUUUAACACCUAAUUAAAUAGAGUUUGAGCGUUUAUGGAAAAGUUUUAUGGAAGGUUCUCCAAUCAAGCGUGAAGAAAGAGAAAAGUACAUGGAAAGUUUUAUUGCAGAUCACUACAAAUUAGAAUUAGAAUAAACUAAAUAAAUAAAAUAUGCAGAAUUAUAGUAUGUUGAAAUUAAAAAUUUAGAAAACCCUAUUGUAAAAGAUACAGUUUAGCUUUCUUAAAGACUGAAUAAUAUAAAUAUAGUGCAAAAAGGAAUGGUUGAUGUAAUUACUAACGGGAAAAAAGCUUUUUUAGUAGUUGAAAAAUCUUCAAAAAAGAGAUGCGGAGGAAUAGGAGAUAUUCUUAGUGGUUUGACAGGGCUUUAUAGUUAUUGGGGCAAAAGAUCAUUUUAAGAAAAGUCUUAAAAUUUAUCUUCUUUGCAUUUAUAAGAUACAAGCUUAGAUGAAGCUACUUGUAUCCUUUUAGGAUGCGUAUUGGCUUCUUGCAUUACUAGAAAGGCAAGUUAUGAAGCUUAUUUGAAACAUCAAUUUAGUCUUACUGCUCCAAAUGUUAUUGAGUAUGUAGGACCUACUUUUAUGGCAGUUUACAACAAUUUCUUUAAUGAAUCAAAGUUAUGA